AUCCCUCUCGACUCGCCGUCCUGUACUGGCACUCGUGUCAACAAUGCGUUGCUGGACAAAUAAAGGGCAUUUGAACCCAAUGAGGAAGGAUGCAAACGACGAUCUUGUGACAAGCAAGCCGCCGCCAUGGGUUAACGACAGGCAUCUAUCUGCCUGUUCUCGAACAAAAAGAAAAGCUUCUUCUACAACACCCGUUUCGGAUGUUUCUCUGGUUAAACAGGACCGUUCAGAAUAAGUGGUAGAUGCGAUGUGUUCCCCGUCAGCCAGGUCCCUGCACUACCAGGUACUUCCGGGGCCUUCUUGGCACCUUAUCACGGCUUGCCACAUGUUUCCUCUUGGCUUCAAUUCGCUGCCGAGUCCCAAUUUCUCUGCACAUCAAUAUAUCGCUCACUUCCCGGUUCGUAUCCUCUCAAUUCGAGGCAUGAAUAGCACACGGAUUGCUUGUGACUUUUGCUGGCUGCUGCCCCGAGAGUUAGCUUCCCUUGCUGCAUUCAUUUCAGAACCUGGACCAAGGCCGGAGAUGGCAGUGCGAACAAACCUUGAUUGGGAUACCGAGUUGACAGCGGCUUGUCGCGUCUCAUCGGUUUCGACACCAACAUUCAGACCCUUGGCCUUCAACGCGCCCAUUCCCGUAUCUACACGGCUCACGACAGAAGGACCUAACAUGCUAGCUGCCUCGCGAAAUUUCAAAGAAGCGGUCAACCCAUAAGGGUGUCUGGGUGUGGCUCCGCGAAGGAGCACUCCUUGUGGCUUCUACUCCUCGAAGGCCAUUACCCGUGGAGCUUCAUCUUUCACGCAAGGAGAACCCAGCCAACGUGAACCCCUGGUUAGAGAAAUGAGUCGGCUAGGGGGGCAACAGGCCUGUCG